UUAAUGUCGUGUACCAGAAGCUAGAGAAAAACCAAAGCACAAGUUUUCAACUAUUUGUGCAUCUAGAGAGAAGCAGAAAAGUUGUGUCUCUUUGCAAAUCCUGAAGACUUACAAAUCUUUUCGUGUUUGCUUUUCUUUAGGUUCUUAACUCUGAACAAGGUUUUGAUUGAUAUAAGAGGUCCUAAGAUGGCAAAUGGUGCAGCGGCAUGGGCAGAAAGGGCUACAGAUGAUAUGUUGACUGGUCCAGACUGGGAUAGUAACAUUGAACUCUGUGAUAUUAUCAACAUGAAUCCUAGCCAAGCAAAAGAAGCAGUGAUGGUGCUGAAGAAGCAGUUAGGAAGUGAUAAUCCUAAAGUUCAAAUUCUUGCACUUUAUGCGUUGGAGUCUUUAAGUAAGAAUUGUGGGGAGAACGUGUACAACCUCAUCGUUGACUGUGAUAUUUUGAUUGAUAUGGUCAAAAUAGUGAAGGAAAAGCAUGAUCUAAACGUGAGGGAAAAGAUACUAAGUUUGGUAGACAUAUGGCAAGAAGCUUUUGGUGGUCAAUACCCACAAUACUACAAUGCGUAUAAUGAACUUCGGUGUGCUGGAAUUGAGUUUCCACCUCGAACGCAAAGUAGUUCAGGACCACGGUUCUUUACUCGGCCUCAGACUCAGCCCGUUCCAUCAGAUGAAGAUGCUGCUAUUCAGGCGGUGCUGCUAGGAGAGGAUGCUUAUCGCCUCAGCAAGGAAGAUAUUCAAAGUGCUGUGGGACUAGUCGAUGUUUUGAUGGACAUGCUUGGAGCACUUGAUCACGGGAACCCCGAGGGUUUGAAAGAAGAACUCAUAGUUGACUUAGUGGAGCAGUGUCGUACUUAUCAAAGACGUGUGAUGACUCUUGUGAACACUACAACAGACGAGGAACUACUGUGCCAGGGAUUGGCAUUGAACGAUAACUUGCAGCUUGUUCUUCAGCAUUACUAUGAUAUGGGCUCUGUUCCUUCAAAUGGAUUCAGCGUCAUGACAACUCCUCCAGUUCAGCUAGUCAACAACAAUCUUGAUGAUGACAGUGACGAAUCAAAAGUUGAUUUUUCUCAGCUAACUCACAGAGAGUUGACCUCGAUGCUUCCUCCUCCUCCACCACCACCUACAGUGUUACCAGUACAUGGCACUGCCACUGAUUCAAGUAUGGUGGAUGAUGUCUAUAAACCUCAAGGCUCCUCACAAGGAGUAAAUCCUCCUCAAAAUGAUUGAAACUCGACAUUUCUUACGUAUGUUUGGUUUCAUGGGAAAUAUUCAUUCUUUCUUGAGGAUUGUUCUCUGUGGUACGAAUUGAACAUGCUGUGUCAAUGAUCUACCACCCAUUACUAUGCACUAUCUCAACUACUUCUCACCCAUACUUUAAUAACUAUCACCUUGGUACGAGUUGAACAUGUUGUGUCGAUGAUCUACAACCCAUCACCCAUUGUUCUCACCCAUUGUUCUCA